GUAAAACCUACUCUCAACGGUAACAACCACAACACUUUAUAAAUGUAUCUACAUACAUAAGAUAUUAUGAUGGAGACCUUCAACAUGCUGGACUUCUUCGCAGCCGAGAAACUAUACCUGACCCUCGCAGGCUUCUACCCUGCCGAGCCAGGUCUUCGCAGACAUCUCUUCAUACUGAGUGCCCUCGUCAACCUGUCCAUAUCCUGGUUGCAAUUCCUGUCUCUCGUAACUUUUUCUUACUUCAAUUUAGACGAUCUGAGGAAACUGACCGAUAUCCUUGUAUUCUGCGUGACACAGUUCGCGUUUCUCAACAAACUGACGAAUCUGAUCUGGCACAAAAGCAGUUUGAAGGAGCUGGAGGCGUUACUGCAAAAACCAGUUUUUACCAGCGUUAGAAGUGAAGAAAAACACAUUCUGACAAGCCAUCUGCAAGGCGGGAAAUUACUAGCUAAAAUGUACAGAGUGAUGUGUUUCCUGGGCGUUGUACUCUACGCUUUGUUUCCGUUUUUGGACGAGAGAUCCGACAAAGAGCCUAAAUUCCCUUUGCCCUGCUGGUUUCCUUUCAACGAAGGCGACUACUACUACCCGGUGUUCUUCUUUGAAAUUUGGAGCAUUGCUAUCUCGGCUGUUCUUAAUUCUAGCAUCGACCUAUUGACUAUCAUGACGAUGGUAUUGGCCACUGCCGAGUUUGAAGUUUUGAACAGGAAACUGACCAAUAUUUCGACGUCUUCGGGAGUAGGUGGGGACUACGACGAUGAUGACGAAGUAAGGAGUAGGCUGGAGGAAUGUAUCAUUCACUACGAUGAAGCACUCAAUUUGGUGAGACACAUUGAACUCACGUUUUCGAAGGGCAUUUUCGUGCAGUUCUUCUGCAGCGUUAUGGCGAUCUGCUUGACAGGGUUUCAGAUGCUAGUGAUAUCAUUCAGCAGUAUGCGAUUCGUAUUGCUGGUGGUCUACCUCUUGGUCAUGAUGUGGCAGGUGGCCAUGUACUGCUGGUACGGUCACAAUGUGAUGGACAGCAGCGAUGAGGUGACCAGCGCCUGCUACAUGAGCAGGUGGGACAAAUGUAGCGUAGAAGUCAGGAAAUCCUUGAUGAUUGUGAUGGAGAGGGCCAAAAAACCGGCCACCAUAAGAGCGGGGAACUUCUUCACGCUAAAUAUACCCACUUUGAUGACGGUAGUAAUUAGUAAUAUGUAUAAACAUUGA